AUAAAAAGCUUCCCCUAAGACGCAUCUGGAGUCACUUGGGGUUGGGAGGUACGCUGUACUGAAAUUAAAGAUAGCAGUCGAGAUAAUAACCUUUGUCAAGACAGGCAAAUCGGGUAAAGGUUUCCUCAGACUGAGCUCUUUGCUAGGGGUUGAGGGCGAUCGCCGAUUCUCUCCAUAGUCAUUAGGAUCAGAUCUCUAAACAGUAGACAUGACUGAAGCGGAGCUCUAUUCGGAGUACAAAGGCGUCUACGUCCCCAAAUACCACAGCCCACCAGAGUCCCUCCAGUAUAUGGAAGGAUUUGCCUUUCGACCGGACGACAUUUUAAUCGCAACUUAUCCCAGGUCUGGCACUACCUGGAUGCAGGAGAUAGUUCCCUUGAUCAUAAGCGAGGGAGAUAUGCAGCCUGUACUCAGCAUUCCCAGCUGGGACCGAGUGCCCUGGCUGGAGGGGCAGCGUGCAAUCCUGCUGAACCUGGAGCAGAGGCCCUCUCCUCGCUAUUUUGCCACGCACCUUCAUUACUCCAUGAUGUCGGAGUCUUUCUUCAAAGUGAAGCCCAAGGUGAUUUAUGUUACGCGGAAUCCAAAAGAUGUUUUCACGUCAUCUUACCACUACUAUGGGAUGGCAUCUUACCUGGUAAACCCAGGGACAACAGAUGAGUUUUUGUCAAAGUUCUUGGAUGGAAAAGUAUUAUUUGGCUCCUGGUUUGAUCAUGUGAAGGGAUGGAUUUCUGCACAGGACCAAGACCAGACCAUGUACAUCUCAUAUGAGGAAAUGAUACUGGACCUGCAGAAGUCCGUCUCUAAAAUAUCCAGUUUCUUAGGGAAAUCCCUGAGCCAGGAAGUCACUGGGAAGAUUGCGGAUGACUGCAAGUUUCAGAACAUGAAGCAAAACAGCAUGUCGAACUAUUCUAUGGUGCCAGAGGAGUUCAUGGACCAGAAGAAAUCCGAAUUUUUGAGGAAAGGAAUUUCCGGAGACUGGAGGAAUCUUCUCACCGACACUCAAGCUGCGCAUUUCGACGCAGUUUUCAAGGAGAAAAUGGGGGAUGUCGCAUUCAAAUUUGCAUGGGAUGAUUAAGAACAGGAGAACUGGUCAACUACGCAACAUAGCACAUUAACUCUGACCAGCUGCCAUUCCUUUCUGGUAUUCUGUCCGCUGAACAGUCUGAGACUGUAAUAUUACAAUAGCUAAAUUGUUCUAUGUUAUUUAGAAAUGCACAGUAAUCAUUUCUAGUUGCAGGCAGGUAGUGCAGAUCUGUGUUGUGCUGUUGUCAUCUAUUGAAACUAAGCCAGCGAUUGAUUCACUGCAGCCUCAUACCUCCAGGACUGUGGGUUUGACUCUCAGUCCCAGAUCUGGGUGUGGGGUUUGCAUGUUCUCCACCCAUCUGUCUGGAACCUCCUUCUGUAGUCCAAAGACACACAGUUAGGUCAACUGAUGUCUCUAAAUUUCUCAUGCCAUUUGUCUACUUUUCGGACUAUAUUCUUACAAUUUUUUUGUUUCAUAUUUGAUACCAAGAGCCUAAAUCAAGCAACACAGGGCAAGAAGCAGGUGGGCACCAUGGAUGGGAUGUUAUUCUACUUACUUUUUACAUAAAUAAGCAACAUUAAAUGUUAUGUACUCCACAUUAAUGAAAUAACAUUUUUUUAAACAUGCCUUGAUGUCUUAAUUGACUUCCUCUAAAGGAUCAAUAAAGUAUAAACAAGUA